UUCAAAACAAAGCUGUUAUAGAAUUGUCCAAAGUACGCGGGGAUAUCCUACCCUCCUGGUCUUGAACCAGUUUCUUGUAGAUACUUCCGUAGAUGAAUUGCCAAGACUCAUCUCCGAUCCUCUACCUUCACGCGUCAAACUCGCAGCUCUCCCCCUAAGCUCAGGCACUCCAGCUCUGCACUGUACUCCAUGCACACCUAGCACCAUGGUUCUGUGCUCGGCCAAGAGCAAGCUUUGCUUGUACUUUCUCGCGUUUCUCAUUGCUUCUCUAAUAGGGAGGUCGACGGCUUCCUUGGGUGAUCACCUACCUGAUUUCAAAGAAUGUGUCAAGAUCUGUCAGGCUGAAAAUUGUCGAGAUGGCGAUUCUAUCAUUCCACUCCAUCUGCGCCUCCUCUUAUGGACCUGUCCAGCAGAGUGCGAUUACACUUGUCAACAUGUAGUAACGGACCGCCGACUUGCCCGCGACCCUCCAAUGUUGAAUCCAGUGGUACAAUUUCAUGGAAAAUGGCCUUUUCGCAGGAUCCUCGGCAUGCAGGAGCCCUUUUCUGUCCUUUUCUCCCUCCUCAAUCUUCUCGCUCACUGGAAUGGUAUCGCUCGAAUCAAAGAGACAAUCCCAGCAUGGCAUUCCCUGCGGCCAUACUACCUGACUUUUGGUUACUGCGGGCUGGCGUGCUGGACAUUCAGCAUGUUAUUCCACACAAGGGAUUUCCCUCUCACAGAAAAGUUAGACUAUUUCGGAGCUGGUGCGAACGUGAUGUACGGACUAUACCUUGCUAUAAUCAGGAUACUGCGCCUUGACCAAGGAAAACCCCGGUACAAGCCGACUCUACGCCGUCUAACGACCACGAUCUGCGUUCUUCUAUACACCAUGCACGUAUGUUAUCUCAGUUUUUGGUCAUGGGAUUACACCUACAACAUGAUUGCAAACGUCGUGAUCGGGGCCAUUCAGAAUAUACUCUGGACGGGGUUCAGCAUCGUCCGGUAUCAGAAGCAAGGCAAAGUUUGGAUGGCCUGGCCCGGAAUGAUUGUGGUGUGGAUUAUGUUGGCCAUGAGUCUCGAGCUGCAGGACUUUCCUCCUUGGCACGGGCUCAUUGAUGCUCACAGCUUGUGGCAUCUUGGAACAGUCAUUCCCACCGCAUGGUGGUAUAUGUAUUUGAUCAAAGACAUCCAGAAUGAUGUCUCAAGCCGCAGACUGAAAGCAUGAUCCGGUGGCGGGCUCUCCUGAUCUCGGCAGUUGUACUGUGGAUCCCAGCACAGAUGGCAUAUUUGCAAAAGCCCGUCGUAAAAUGCAUAACGUUUCAUGUAGUGUUUCGCAACAAUGAC